ACACAGAGAGUGGUGAAUCUGUGGAACUCUCUGCCACAGAAGGUAGUUGAGGCCAGUUCAUUGGUUAUAUUUAAGAGGGAGUUAGAUGUGGCCCUUGUGGCUAAAGGGAUCAGGGGGUAUGGAGAGAAGGCAGGUACAGGAUACUGAGUUGGAUGAUCAGCCAUGAUCAUAUCGAAUGGCGAAUGGUGCAGGCUCGAAGGGCCGAAUGGCCUCUACUCCUGCACCUAUUUUCUAUGUUUCUAUGUAAAAAUGCAGGUUCCUAUUUUUCCGCAGAUGGCCCUUAUCUUCAGUGAAGAUGGCUUGCGGGACAUCAGUCUUCCCUGUGUGAUACAGAGUUUCAUCAAUCACAACGCUGUCCUCUACAAGGUCUUUGUGGUCGGGCAUUCACACUUUGUGGUUAAGAGGCCAUCUCUGAAGAACUUUUCAAUUGGAAAAUCAGAUCGGCAAACUAUAUUUUUUAAUAGCCACGAGGUUUCGAAGCCGGAAUCCUGCUCUCACCUGACGGAGAGGGAUGAAUGGGGGGAGCAGUCUAGCGGCCCGUCAGACAGGAUCAUUCAGUCCAUCAUCCGAUGUCUGCAGGUGUCGCUUGGGUUGUCCCUAUUUGGCGUAGAUGUCAUAAUCGACAGCAAGACUGGGAAGCUGGCCAUCAUUGACAUCAACGCCUUCCCAGGAUAUGAGGAUGUUCCCGAAUUUUUCGAGGCCCUGUUGGACCACGUUGAGACGUUGCUGCUGGAACAGGAUGGAGAAGGGAACAGCGACGCUGGGAAUUCCGGAGACGGGCAGCAGGUUCCUCGGCUCCGAUGCCAGAUACCCCUGGACACCCCACGGAGGGACUUGGCCCCCAGGAGUCGGGCAAGGGAGACCUGGGUGGCAGAAGGCGGCACGGUGGCGCAGCGGUAGAGUCGCUGCCUCCCAGAGGCCCUGGUUCGAACCUGACUACGGGCGCUGUCUGUACGGAGUUUGCACGUUCUCCCCGUGACUUUUCUCCCGUUUCCUCCCACACUCCAACGACGCACAGGUUUGCAGGUUAAUUGUUUUGUGGUGAAAUUGUAAAAAUUCUCUCUGAUGUAUAGGAUAGCAUUAAUAUAUGUGGUCGGCACGGACUCGGUGGGCCGAAGGGCCUGUUUCCACGCUGUAUGUCUAAAGUUUAAAGUCUAUAAAGUUUGAAGAAGUUUUUGUGUGCUCAACAUAUUACUGUAGAUACAUGUCUUUUUUCAAUACAAAUAUUUUUUUGUUUUCCGGGCAUUGGGAAGUUUGGAGUGGGACUUUUCACUUGAAGGACUUCAUUCUGGUCGUAGCAACAAGUUCAGUUCAAUUACGUUACAAUUACAGCGAGUUACAGUGAAAAGCUUUUGUUGCGGGCGAAGAACUGCAGAUGCCGGUUAAAAAACACAAAGUGCUGGAGUAACUCAGACAGCAUCUCCCACAACAUGUCUUUGGGACUUGUUGGCAGGGAGUGACUAAGUGUAUAUGAGAAAUUCGCAUUUCUAUAAGAGAAACAUAGAAAAUAGGUGCAGGAGGAGGCCAUUCGGCCCUUCGAGCCAGCACCGCCAUUCAUUGUGAUCAUGGCUGAUCGUCCCCUAUCAAUAACCCGUGCCUGCCUUCUCCCCAUAUCCCUUGACUCCACCAGCCCCUAGAGCUCUAUCUAACUCUCUUAAAUCCAUCCAGUGGCUUGGUCUCCACUGUGCCCUCUGUGGCAGGGAAUUCCAUAAAUGCUGGAGUGACUCAGUGGGUCAAGAGCAUUUGUGGAGAGCAAGAAUAGGCGGCCUUCUGGAUCUGGACCCUGCUUCAGACUGAAUUAUCAAUUUGGCAACCUGGAACAUUGUUGA